UUAUCAAAAUUAAAAAAUCCUUCAAACUGAACAACCGGCAAUUAGUCGGCUUAACGUUCGUGAAAAAUACAGACAUGAAUCCAACAAACUACGAAGACGAGCGGAGACUUCACGGUUGUAAGAAAAAUAAAUUAGCUACCUGUCUAGCCAUCACUAUUACGACACUUAUUUUUGCCCUAUUUUUUGGCUUUUUCGGAUAUUUCGGCUUUCCAGAAAUUAGCACUUAUUGUAAUACUCCGGAGUGUCUCAACGCCUCGGCAGAACUCUCCGAAAUAAUCGACGACUCGAUCGAUCCCUGUACCGAUUUUUACAGUUUUGUGUGCGGAAAACUGAUCAAAAAUCAAAAAACCCAACAAAAUUCUUUAAAACAAGAGUAUGAAAAAAUCGAGCAAACGCUCGACGCUCUGAUUGUCGGGCCGGAAACUCCGGACGAUUCCCAAGAAAUCCGGAUGCAAAAACAGUACUUCCAAGCGUGUUUAAACACCACUAACAUUGAUUCGAAUAAGGAAAUCACUUUAAUCCGAGAACUAAACUCGGUGGGUGGAUGGCCGUUCCUCCAGAACAGCCGAUGGAUUGAAAAAGAGUUCGACUGGAUCAAGUUUAUGAUCAGGGCUAGGAAACUGAGAUUACCUUUUGAGUGGUUUCUCAAUGUGGGACUUUUUUUCGACAGGGGCCAAUAUCAGUUGAAGCUGUCACACCCCGACGAUUGUGGGCUAAAUAUCAACGAGGAUUAUUUCACAAUGCAACGAAAAAUCCUGGAGCAAUUGCGCAAACCAGGCAUUGAUGCUAUAGUUGAAUUCACGCAACUGGAAAACUUUGAAAGAAAAUUAAAUUCGAUUUGUGCGAACAUGACCGAUAACGAUAUUUCCGUCCGGAGAGCUUCGAAUCUCUGGCUGGAUGGUAUUGGACCCAUCUCGAAUUUUUUAACUUCUGUUACUGGCCUAAGAGGGUGGAAAUCAAACUCGUGGGUGGCUUACAACCACAACUAUCUCUUCGAAUUGAACCAUUUAUUGAAACUUUUUUCCAAAAAAACUCAAGCUUUGUUUAUUUUGUGGAAAAUAAUUCACUUCUACGCCCCUUAUUUAUCAAAACCGAUUCGUGAAAAGUAUUUCAAUUAUUUGGAAAUCAUGAUGCAAAGAAAUAUCAGUCGGGAGGAAUUUUGUCUUGAAGACACUAAAGAAAAGUUUAAAUACGUUUCUGAAAUUAAAUAUCUAACAGAAACGGUUGAUCCUGAGACACGAGAAGAAGGCAAAGGGUUUGUGGCGUCGCUUGUUAACGAAAUAACCGACAGAAUUGAAAAUGAUACAAUUAGAAGGUUGCAUUCGGAAACUUACAGUGAUUUGGAGGAAGUUAUAGUUGGACCAGAAGAAAUUUUUGAUGAUACGUUUAUCGAAGAGUAUUUACAAAUAGGUCAAUUACACUUCUUCACUGAUAACAUUAUUCUAAUGUUGAAUACGUGGUCCCAGAGAAUUUUUGAAAAGAAAAUGAGUAUGAUUGGAAAACCCUUUUUAUCACUAGAUUCAAUAUUUGCAAACGACGGCGAGUAUAGUAUGACACUGGAUGAACUCUUAUCUGUACCAUCUGUGACGUUUUACACUUUUUUUAACACCGACGUGCAAAAGUAUUUGGAAUAUGGCAGUUUGGGAACAAUUGUUGGUACAGAAAUUGUCCGAUUAGAACAUUACCUGAACGGUGGGAAUCAGAAACUUGAAACUAAUAAAAACUGCAUGAUUGAAAAUAUCAAAAGUUUCAAUAGACGUUUCAAUGCAUCUAUUGUUUACGAAAAAAAUUUCUUAGCCUGGCUUGGUCAAGAAUUAUCGUACCAGGCCUACCAGAAAUAUACAGAUGAAGAAGGAGCGGAAGCACCCCUUCCAGAUUUGCCCUACACUCCCAACCAGCUUUUCUGGAUAAAAUCGAGCCUGACGUGGUGCCAGGCCGCCCUCCUUUCGCCCGAAAAUUCCUUCAGGACGUUCCAAAUGUUGCGAAUCAAAGUCACCGAAUCGGUGAAACAUUCGGAGUUUUUUGGGAAAGAUUUCAACUGUCCCACAGACUCGCCCAUGAAUCCAGAAAACAAGUGCCAAUUAUUGUAAUAUCCUCAUUAUUGUAAAUAGCCUUGUUUAAUAAAAGUUGACACAAUUA